AGCAAGCAAGCAAGCAAGCAAGAGCUCUAUUGUUCCUUGGUGUUAAACAGUCCCCCCCCCUUCUUUUCAUCUGGCAUGCAGAAUAGCUGGAAAGCCAUUUCCCUUCUGCCCUCCCUGUGAAGACAUUCUGAAAGGGGGGGGGGGAGAAAUUACUCACGAAAGGGUUACCCAUUGUGCGGCAGAUUUUGACACUGAAGCAGUCUUCUGGAAGGCAUGGGGCUGAGAGAGAAGAGCGCAGCUUUAAUCUGUGGUCCAAGGGCUUCAUCUCUUUCAAGCAAGUGCGUUGGAGUUCUCGUUCUCCUCCUGUUUGGAAUCCGGGGAGCUAAGGCGCAAAGUGAAUUCGAAACUUCAUCCGUGUAUUUGUGGAAGACUGGUCCAUGGGGCAGGUGCAUGGGAGAUGAAUGUGGCCCAGGAGGCAUCCAAACUCGAGCGGUCUGGUGCGCCCACGUGGAAGGAUGGACCACGCUGGUCACAAACUGCAGGCAGGCAGAGAGGCCGGACAACCAGCAGAACUGCUUCCGGGUUUGUGACCGGCACAAGGAGCUAUACGACUGGCAGCUGGGCGACUGGAAUCCGUGCCAGCCAGUUCUUUCAAGGAGUGUCGAAAAACCCGCGGAGUGCGUCCGAGGGGAAGAAGGGAUUCAGAGGAGACACAUCACCUGUGUCCAGAAAUCAAAUGGCGUUGUUGCCGAGGACACUAUAUGUGAGUACUUUGAGCCAAAGCCUCAGCUAGAACAGGGAUGCCUCAUCCCUUGCCGGCAGGACUGCAUCGUGUCCGAAUUCUCGGCUUGGUCAGAGUGCUCCAAGACCUGUGGCAAAGGGCUGAUGCAUCGCGUCCGCCACAUUGUUGCCCCGCCCCAAUACGGAGGCUCUGCCUGUGCUAACCUGACUGAGUUCCAGGUUUGCAACUCGUCUCCAUGCAGCGCUGAGGAAAGCAUGUACAGCCUGAAUGUGGGGCCCUGGAGUUCCUGCUCGGUGCCCCACACACGCCACAUAAGGCAAGCGAGGAAACGAGGGAAGAACAAAGAAAAGGAAAAGGACAAGGAGAAAGCUAUAAGGGACCCGGAAGCCCGUGAGCUUCUGAAGAAGAAAAGGAACCGUAACAGACAAAACAGACAAGAGAACAAAUAUUGGGACAUACAGAUUGGAUACCAGACAAGGCUGGUGAUGUGCACUCACAGGAACGGGAAGACUGUUGCCUUGAGCUUUUGCCAGCAAGAGACACUACCAAUUACCUUCCAGUCCUGUGUGAUCACUAAGGAAUGCCAGGUGUCAGAGUGGUCUGAAUGGAGUCCAUGUUCCAAAACAUGCUUUGAUUUGACAUCUCCUAAAGGUAAUCGUACAAGAACACGGACCAUUAAGCAGUUUCCUAUUGGCAGUGAAAACGAGUGUCCAGAGCUAGAAGAAACGGAACAGUGCACGUCUCAAGGAGAUGGGGUGGCUCCAUGUAUCACGUAUGGAUGGAGAACCACAGAAUGGACAGAAUGUCGCAUUGACCCUUUACUAAGCCAACAGGAUAAACGCCGAGGAAAUCAAACAGCCCUGUGUGGAGGUGGGAUUCAGGUUCGGGAAGUAUAUUGUGUGCAAGCUAAUGAAAAUCUCCUCUCCUAUUUAAAUACCCUUAAGGAAAAAGAAGAAAGUCAGUCACAGAGCACAUCGAGGGCUAGUGCUGCACCACUUCUAUCAAUCACUUUUGAAAUAACAGCAUCUAAGCCAGUGGACUACAAACUGUGCACAGGGCCGACACCUAGCACAACGCAAUUGUGCCAUAUUCCGUGCCCCAUAGAGUGUGAGGUAUCAGCCUGGUCAGCUUGGGGGCCAUGUACCUUUGAAAGCUGCGAUGACCAACAAGCCAAAAAGGGUUUUAAACUAAGGAAACGUCGCAUUACAAAUGAACCUACGGGAGGCACUGGCAACUGUCCUCAUCUGCUUGAAGCCAUCCCAUGUGAAGAACCUUCUUGCUUUGAUUGGAGGAUAGUACGACUGGAAGACUGCAUUCCAGACAAUGAGAAGGAGUGUGGGCCUGGUACUCAGGUGCCACAGGUAGUCUGCAUCAACAGUGAUGGAGAAGAGGUUGAUAGACAGCUGUGCAGAGAUGCUAUCUAUCCAGUCCCCAUCGUCUGCGAAGUUCCAUGCCCAAAGGAUUGUGUACUCAGCACGUGGUCUGGUUGGUCCUCCUGCUCACACACCUGCUCUGGCAAAACCACAGAAGGAAAACAGAUGCGUGCCCGCUCCAUUUUGGCAUAUGCAGGUGAAGGAGGACUUCAGUGCCCAAACAGCAGUUUGCUGCAGGAAACACGCAGCUGCAAUGAACACCCAUGCACAGUGUAUCACUGGCAAACAGGACCUUGGGGCCAGUGUGUAGAGGAUGUCUCUGUGUCGGCAUUCAAUUCUUCUGCAGGCUGGAAUGGAGAGGCCACCUGUGCUGUUGGGAUGCAAACAAGGAAAGUCAUCUGUUUGAGGGUCAACGUGGGACAAGUUGGACCCAAAAAGUGUCCUGAAAGCCUUCGCCCUGAGACCGUUAGACCUUGCUUGCUACCCUGUAGGAAAGACUGCAUUGUGACACCAUACAGUGAUUGGACACCGUGCCCUUCAUCAUGUCAAGAAGGGGAUAUGAAAGUGACAAAGCAAUCUCGGCAUCGAGUGAUCUUGCAACUCCCUGCGAAUGGUGGCCGAGACUGCCCAGAUACUUUGUAUGAAGAAAAAGAUUGUGAAGCUCCUCCUGUCUGCUUGUUUUUCAGAUGGAAGACACAUAAAUGGCGCAGGUGUCAACUCGCACCAUGGAAUGUUCGUCAAGCCAGCCCCGGUGCCCAGGAGACAUGUGGGCCUGGUCUACAAGCAAGAGCUAUUACUUGUCGCAAGCAAGAUGGCGGACAGGCUGACAUCAGCGAAUGCCUUAAGCAUGCAGGCUCUUUGCCACCUUUAACGCAACCCUGCCAAAUCCCUUGCCAAGAUGACUGUCAGUUCACAAGCUGGUCAAAGUUCUCUUCUUGCAAUGGGGAUUGUGGAGCAUUUAGGACAAGAAAGCGCUCACUUAUUGGAAAAAGCAAGAAGAAGGAGAAAUGCAAAAAUCCCCAGCUGCAUCCACUGAUUGAGACCCAGAUCUGUCCAUGUGACAAGUAUAAUGCCCAGCCUGUGGGGAACUGGUCAGACUGCAUCUUACCCGAGGGCAAAGUAGAAGUACUGCUGGGAAUGAAAGUACAAGGAGACAUCAAAGAGUGUGGGCAAGGCUACCGCUACCAAGCCAUGGCUUGCUAUGAUCAAAAUAGCAGACUCGUCGAAACAUCACGAUGCAACAGUCACGGGUACAUCGAGGAAGCUUGCAUCAUCCCAUGCCCUUCGGACUGCAAGCUCAGCGAGUGGUCCAACUGGUCUCGCUGCAGUAAAUCCUGUGGCAGUGGGGUGAAAGUCAGGUCCAAAUGGCUCCGGGAGAAGCCCUACAAUGGUGGAAGGCCUUGCCCCAAGUUGGAUCAUGUCAAUCAGGCUCAGGUAUAUGAGGUAGUCCCGUGCCACAGUGACUGCAGCCAGUACAUCGGGGUCACUGAGCCCUGGAGCGUGUGCAAAGUGACAAACGUGGACUUAAAGGAGAAUUGUGGAGAAGGUGUGCAAACCAGGAAAGUAAGAUGCAUGCAGAACACCAUGGAUGGUCCUUCGGACACGGUUGAAGACUACCUAUGUGACCAAGAAGAGAUGCCCAUUGGUGCUAGAAAAUGCACACUGCCAUGCCCGGAGGAUUGUGUCAUGUCUGAGUGGGGCCAAUGGUCUCGGUGUUCCUUGCCGUGUAAUGGAAGCACUGUGAGGGAACGAACAGCGGAAGUCGUGAGGCAACCUCAAGGAGGAAAGCCCUGCCCUGCUGCUGUGGAGACAGAACCCUGCAGCCUGAACAAAAACUGCUACCACUAUGAUUACAAUGUGACAGACUGGAGCACCUGCCAGCUAAGUGAGAAAGCGGUCUGUGGUAACGGGAUCAAAACAAGGAUGCUUGAUUGUGUUCGCAGCGAUGGCAAGUCGGUUGACCUGAAGUACUGUGAAAAGCUUGGCUUGGAAAAGACCUGGCACAUGAAUACAUCUUGUGUGGUAGAAUGCCCUGUGAACUGCCAGCUGUCGGACUGGUCUCCGUGGUCCGAGUGCUCUCAGGCUUGUGGCCUAGCCGGAAGGAUGAUACGUAGGAGAACUAUUAUUCAACCUUUCCAAGGUGAUGGGAGACCUUGUCCUUCGCUAAUGGAGCAGUUCAAACCAUGUCCAGUAAAGCCCUGUUAUCGGUGGCAGUAUAGUCAGUGGGCUGAAUGCAAAGUUGAGAAUGCUCAGUGUGGAGAAGGGACAAGAGUCAGAAACAUUUCCUGUGUGGUUUAUGAUGGAUCCAACGAUGAUGCUGGGAAAAUAGUGGAUGAAGAAUUUUGUGGGGAAAUUGAGCCGGUUGUUGAUGGCAAUAAGAAAAUGGUGCUUGAGGAAAGCUGUACCCUACCUUGCCCAGGUGACUGUUACUUAAAGGAGUGGGCAGAAUGGAGCCUCUGUCAGUUGACCUGUGUAAAUGGUGAAGAUCUUGGCUUUGGGGGGAUACAAGUUCGAUCUCGAGCAGUGAUCAUCCAGGACCUAGAUAAUCAACACCUUUGCCCAGAGCAAGUUUUGGAAACAAGACAGUGUAAUGAUGGUCAGUGUUACGAAUACAAAUGGAUGGCCAGCCCAUGGAAGGGAUCUUCUCGAACAGUAUGGUGCCAAAGGUCAGAUGGAUUGAAUGUUACAGGAGGCUGCUUAGUGAUGCGCCAGCCAGAUGUUGACAGGUCAUGUAAGCCACCGUGCAGCCAGCCCUAUUCUUACUGUAGUGAGACCAGAACAUGUGCAUGUGAAGAAGGGUACACAGAAGUAAUGUCUUCUGACGGCACACUUGAGCAGUGCACUCUCAUCCCGGUGGUAGUCAUCCCUACAGUGGACGACAGAAAGGGAGAUGUAAAAACCAGUCGAGCUGUAAACCCCACACAGCCACCCAAUCCCCAAUCAGGACGAGGAAGGACUUGGUUCCUGCAGCCUUUUGGACCAGAUGGGAAGCUGAAGACCUGGGUUUAUGGUGUAGCUGCUGGUGCAUUUGUUUUGCUCAUCUUUAUUAUUUCUAUGGUAUAUCUAGCCUGCAAAAAGCCAAAGAAGCCUCAAAGAAGACAGAACAACCGUCUCAAACCUUUAACGCUGGCUUAUGAUGGAGAUGCAGAUAUGUAAAAUAAUGACUUCCCAUUGACUUUAGUCUCUUGAAACUGUAGUGUUCAAAAACAACACAUACGUGUGUACGUUACUGAGCAGAUGUUACACCACAAGACAAAAAAAAAAAGACUCCACAAUGGCCAUGGAUAUUCCAAGAAACAUGCUUUGUUCUAGACCAUCAGUCAGUACAGCAAAUUAUGGUGGCAAAUUUAUCUUGUUAGCACAGCAGCUGGGAAUCUUAAUGUGGCCUUCUUUGAAACUUAUGAACUGCAAAACCGCUUGUGUCUCCAGCCCAUUGUAUAUGACCUGAUAUUGACAUCUGAGUGUCUUGAUGCCAGAACUAUCUACUGCAUUAAGCUAAUGUAGUCAGUAAGCAUGAGGAGAUCAUACCAAGAUGUCUAUAAUGCUUGAUAUACAAUUUAUAUACUCCGUUGCACCAUAUGUAUUAACUUGUCAAAUUAUAUACUGGCUAAAGGGGCAUUUUAGAGCUUAGCAACAUGUUAACUUUAACUGAGAAUAACAACCCAAUGAGCAAGUUCUGGCAUUUCGGCAGGGGAGGGUAGGCUUUCUUAACCUCUCUUUCUCAGGGUGCAGGCUUGCAAAAGACUCUGUCCUAUAUUACCAGUUCCAGGUACUAAAGCGCCAUAUAGACACACUUAUCAAGGAGAGAAGCAUUUUCAGGUUCAAUGUUUUAUAGAGGUUGUCUGGAAAUUAAUAUCCGUGUGUAAUAAGUUUUUACUUUCUCUUACUUUCAAACUGUUGCCUGCAACUUUUUUGCUACAUGGAAGGCAAUUUUUUGCACUAUAUUAGUGCAGCAUGAUAUGCACUUAUUACCUAGUAUUGCCAUAGAAACUGCCUCUUUUCAAAAAAGGAUGAAGGAAAGGAUGCGGCAUCUUGCAAAUCGCAUCGCACAGACGUUUAUCAGUAAGUUCUUGAGUCCUGUUGAGAGUAGAGAUCAGUUUCUGGACUGUGACUGGAUCAAACCAGCUAAUGCAAGUACUGUUUAUACCAUUUCUUGUAACAACAGCUGUUUUGUAGUCGAUUCCAUGGCAGUAACAUUAAGUGUCUACUUUCUGAUUCUGUCCAACUUCUACAGAUAAUAGAUUUUCAAGUUGAUUUCUAAUUACUUUGAAGGUUGUUUACAACUAGAUUUUUAUAUUGCUAACUUUGUAAAAAAAGAAAGAAAGAAAAAAAGUGGUUGCCCCUCUAAUCUUGGGGGAAAUACUUAUCUAAACAAUAAUCCAAUAUUUUCAAGCUGAAAGAUAUCUGUUUAUUUUUCUCCUGCUAAUGGUUUCACUGCUGAAGGAUCAAUAAGCACUCUUUCCAUUUGAAAUAACCUGGUGUAGUCUUGACUGAUUCCACCCCACCCCAUCAUGACUCAAGAAAUAUUUUUUAAAUUCUUAAACAUUAUUGUCCAACUGCCUAGUUGAAGUGUGCGGGCUCUACUUCACUCUCAGAGCUUCCUUGCCUAUUGAUUUCAAUGGAUAGAACUGAUCCUUUCAAGAAUUCCUUUGAAUGAGACACAGCCAACCUACGUGAAUAUUCAAAACUGUACAACUCCUUUAUCACAUUUCUGGCAAUUACAGCUGCUUAAUCUCUAGUAACCUUUUCCAUUCCAAUGGGUUUUUGGUGUAUUAACUUACAAUAUGAAGCCCCUUUAGCCGCUAGAAAUCCCCAACCUUUGCAAAAUGUAAGGUCAAUAUUUAAAGACAUCAUCUAUGUCUGUCUAGUUCACGUUAUGAGCAAAUUAACGAGCAAUACAAUUAAUCAACUUUAUCAGGCAUCCAUUACACGUUAAUGAUUUUAGUUAUAAUUUCUCAGGUUUGUAUCAAUAAGCUAAACCAUUCCUAAUGCACCCCUCUACAUUGGCUGUUGAUAAAAGUCAAUACUCUCAGCUGUUUCAUGCCAAUAUGGCUACCUAGACAGGAAAAAUAUGCAUUUAUUUUUUAGCAUUGGUUCACAAUUAAUUUAUGAACUUCUUGGGAGUAAGCUUCCACCAUGAAGUCUCUGGUGUUGGCACACACGUCAAAGUGUCUGAUCUCAUGCUGCUUUUCAUUUGUUUGUUUCUCGAAAUGAGGAUUUAUCAUAACUUGUGAAUCUGUUAUGAGCAGUAAAAUAACAGGAACACAAGGGUUAUUCUAAGCAGCCUUGAGAAAUGUUAUUUGGAAAGAUGGUUAAUACGGUUCAAAAUAAGUGGAUAUAAAACACAGCCAAUUUAUUGAUAUUAAACGUUGAGAAACUGACUAGCAAAUUGAAUGAAUGGUUAGUUGAACUUCUACUACAUUAUCCGUGCAAUCCUAUGCAUGCUUACUUGGAAGUAAGUCCCACGGUGUUUGGUGGGACAUGCUCCCAGGUAGGGAUUGCUCCACAAGACAUGUGCGUCUUCAAUUUACAUUACAGGGUGUAAAAA